UCAAAAUUCUUAAAGAAAAAUCAGUAACAGAAGAACCAAAUUUUUGUAUUUAGUUUUUGGAAGAAUUAGGCACCAUUCUGGCCAAGGCGAACCCUCUAAAUUAAGGAGCAUGCUGUGAUAUGAAGACCUUAGACCAUUGUAGAAAUGCCCUCCAAGAAGUGUUACUGCCCCGUCACUCACGUCAUCUUUGACUGCGAUGGAACCUUGAUAGAUAGCGAAGGUAUCUACCUCAAAACGGUUCAAGACUUGCUGGCUAAAUAUGGCAAAACGUACACCAAAGCCGAUCAGACGAACCAUAUGGGAAUGGCCGUCGGUACAUUUUGCCAACACAUCGUCAAGGAUCUGAAACUUCCGUUGUCACCUGCGGAAUUUCAAAAGGAAUUCGAGGCAGCUGUUGAUAAGAGCAUGGGAAGAGUGGCUCUGCUGCCGGGGGUCAGGGAUCUGAUUCUCCACUUGCACGAAUACCGCAUACCCUUCUGCAUAGCCACAAGUUCGUUUAGACAACUGUUCAAAGUGAAGGCCGAGUCCUUCAAGGAUAUCUUUCUGGCCUUUCACCACGUUGUCUGUGGCGAUGAUCCGGAACUGGGACCGGGAAGAGGAAAGCCCAACCCGGAUAUAUAUCUCCUGGCCGCCUCGCGAUUCAAUCCGCCCGCAGAUCCCAAAAAAUGCCUUAUAUUCGAGGAUGCUCCAGUGGGCCUCAUAGGCGGAAAAGCAGCGGGAUCCCAAGUCAUCUUUAUUCCACCUGAUCACGUUUCCAAGCAGCAGAAAAAGGGCGCCACCAUGGUUCUCAAAUCGAUGACGGACUUUAAGCCUGAGCUUUUUGGUCUCCCACCCUUUGACACCUGCUCCAAAUUCGAGUUUGGAUAACCCCUAGCACUCAAAAUUGAUCCGUCAAAAUUAGUAUUCUACUUAUAAAAUAAAAAAUAAUCCAAAUUUCAA